AUGUCUUCGAUUCUCUCCUCACCCUCCAGCCCGCACCCUAUUCGGCUCUCUUCGGAAGCUGUCGAACAGCGUUGCGCGACAACUGCCUGUCAGGACAAUAACAGCGAUCUCGGCGUUGUCGAUGGCGCGAGCGAGACCCAGGGCGGCAACGCGGCGAACCCUCACAAUGUGCAUUUUUCCCCCGGUCAAACUGCGAUCCCCUCUGGCGUCGUCCUUCCUCAUUCGGUGACGGGUGGCCAUGACGGUGUCCCUUCCAGCGAGGUGACGAUGGCAUCUGACGUCCCCCUCACCGCUGAGGGGGUGCCGAUCCCUCUCGCGCCGGAUCGGACAGCGCUCCCACAGGAUACCGUUUCUGCUCUCGAGCAAGGGACGAUCCCUGCCGAUGUCAUCCUUUCACCUCGUCAGGCAGAGGUCCUCCCUGCUGGCGAGGCGCCGCUCCCCCUUGCGUCCGGUCAGGCGAGGGUCUCGGACGAUGCCGUUCUCGUUCCCAGCAAGGAAGCGCUUCCAGACGCUGCCCCUCCUUCUCUCCGUCAAGCGACUCCUCCUCUUGGUGCCAUGUCUGCUCUUCGUCAGGCCAGGGCCGUCACCGACGCUGUCAGCUCUGGUGAGACGACAUCCACACCUGUCGUCCCCGUCCCCGCCGACAAGGCGCCGACCGCCCUCACACCCAAUCAAGACGCCGUUCCACGCGACGCUAUUGAUCUCACUGGUGAUCUACCCAGGGAUGGACCCGCCCGCUUUCGCGAGUUACCGGCCGCUCGCGAUGCUGUCGCUCCUUCCAGCCCCGCCGAGGGCGGAGAGUUUGCUGUCGGUAUGCCCCACACUAUCCAAGGCGGCGUGGAUCUGCAGCGUAUCAUAAAACCCUUUUGCGACCAUGUCCAGGGAACCGUGUCUCGUCUCCAGGAGGAGAUUGUGCGGGCGGAUUGCAACUGCUCUCAGCGGUCCAACGAGAACCUCGUCGCCUUACAGGAGCUCGACAAAAGAAUGCGCUCCUUGGAAUCGAGGGCGAUCGGUGCCGUCGACGGAGCCCGUCCAAAUGCGGGUGCUGAAGAACAAGCGUCAAGCCCGGAUGAAGGCCCCGCAUCGGCCCGUCGCAAGAGGGCACGCUCGGUCUCGUCUCAGGACGACGAGGGAGAUGCUGAUCGUAUCCGGCGUCGGAAUGCGGAUGGAACGGCGGUGGCCUUGCGUGCUCCAGUACAUGCCCAGGAUGUUGCAGGAGGCGGAGGCGAAUUCUCGGGUGAAGGGGGCGGGUUUCGCUUCAAGUUCAAAUGGGGAUUCAAGGGUUUUAAUGGGUGA